CCUGCUGGGCUCGGGCUGCGCGCGGGGCCGGCGCCCAUGGUGGGUAGUGGCCGGGGGGGGAGGGGAGGUAGAACCGUUGGUUGCCGGGUCCAUUCAUCGCCGCCGCGUCCCCGGCCGGGCGCCCCGCCGCCAUGGAGGCGCUGAUCCCGGUGAUCAACAAGCUGCAGGACGUGUUCAACGCCGUGGGGGCCGACAUCAUCCAGCUGCCGCAGAUCGUGGUGGUGGGGACGCAGAGCAGUGGAAAGAGUUCAGUGCUGGAAAGCCUUGUGGGGAGGGAUCUACUCCCAAGAGGUACUGGAAUUAUCACCCGGAGACCUCUUAUUCUGCAGCUGGUGCAUGUUUCACCAGAGGAUCGUCGGAAAACAUCUGGAGAUGAAAAUGACCCUGCUACAUGGAAAAAUCCAAGACACCUUACUAAAGGGAUUGAUGCUGAAGAAUGGGGUAAAUUUCUUCACACCAAAAAUAAGCUCUAUACAGACUUUGAUGAAAUUCGACAAGAAAUAGAAAACGAAACAGAGAGGAUUUCAGGAAAUAAUAAGGGGAUCAGUCCUGAACCUAUUCACCUUAAAAUUUUUUCACCGAAUGUCGUCAAUCUGACUCUUGUGGAUUUGCCAGGAAUGACAAAGGUACCUGUAGGUGAUCAGCCUAAGGACAUUGAACUUCAAAUCAGAGAACUAAUCCUUCGAUUCAUUAGUAACCCAAAUUCAAUUAUUCUGGCAGUCACAGCUGCCAACACAGACAUGGCUACAUCAGAGGCACUUAAAAUUGCACGGGAGGUAGAUCCAGAUGGUCGAAGAACGCUUGCUGUUAUCACAAAGCUGGAUCUCAUGGAUGCUGGCACUGAUGCUAUGGAUGUACUUAUGGGAAGAGUGAUUCCAGUUAAACUUGGCAUAAUUGGGAUCGUGAACAGGAGUCAAUUAGAUAUUAACAAUAAGAAGACUGUAGCUGAUUCUAUCCGUGAUGAAUAUGCUUUUCUUCAAAAGAAGUAUCCAUCUCUAGCCAACCGAAAUGGAACCAAGUAUCUCGCUAGGACACUUAACAGGUUACUAAUGCAUCAUAUCAGAGAUUGCUUGCCAGAACUGAAAACAAGAAUAAAUGUUUUAGCUGCUCAAUAUCAAUCUCUGCUGAACAGCUAUGGGGAACCUGUAGAGGACAAGAGUGCCACUUUAUUGCAACUGAUUACCAAGUUUGCCACUGAAUAUUGCAACACCAUUGAAGGAACAGCAAAAUAUAUAGAAACUUCUGAGCUUUGUGGUGGAGCUAGAAUUUGCUACAUUUUUCAUGAGACAUUUGGACGAACCUUAGAAUCUGUUGAUCCACUAGGUGGCCUUAACACUAUAGAUAUUUUGACUGCUAUUAGAAAUGCUACAGGACCCCGACCUGCCUUGUUCGUUCCUGAAGUGUCAUUUGAAUUGUUGGUGAAGAGGCAAAUCAAACGUUUAGAGGAGCCCAGCUUGCGCUGUGUGGAGCUGGUUCAUGAGGAAAUGCAGAGGAUUAUCCAACAUUGUAGCAAUUACAGUACACAGGAAUUGCUGAGGUUUCCCAAACUACAUGAUGCCAUAGUUGAAGUAGUGACCAGUCUUCUGCGUAAGAGGCUACCAGUUACAAAUGAAAUGGUUCAUAAUUUGGUGGCCAUUGAGUUAGCUUAUAUCAACACGAAACACCCAGACUUUGCUGAUGCCUGUGGGCUAAUAAACAACAACAUAGAGGAGCAAAGGCGUAACAGGUUAGCCCGAGAAUUGCCUUCUGCUGUGCCACGAGACAAGUCUACUAAACCUCCAGGUGCAUUGACAUCUGCCUCCCAGGAGACCUCUACUGCUGCUUCUGCUGAGGCUGAUGGCAAGGCUGCUCCUGGGGUGGGAGAUGUGACUCAAGAACCUGGAACAGGCAACUGGAGAGGAAUGCUGAAACCCUCAAAAGCCGAAGAACUAUUAAUGGAGGAAAAAUCCAAACCAGUUAUAGUCCUACCUGCCAGUCCUCAAAAAGGCCAUGCUGUAAACCUGUUGGAUGUGCCUGUACCUGUUGCACGCAGACUCUCUUCCCGUGAGCAACGAGACUGCGAAGUGAUAGAACGACUUAUCAAAUCCUACUUUCUUAUUGUCAGGAAGAACAUUCAGGACAGUGUGCCAAAGGCGGUGAUGCAUUUUCUGGUGAAUCAUGUGAAAGACACUCUUCAGAGCGAGCUAGUUGGACAGCUGUACAAAUCCUUGUUGUUAGAUGACCUUCUGACGGAAUCUGAGGACAUGGCACAGCGCAGAAAGGAGGCAGCUGACAUGUUAAAGGCAUUGCAGCGAGCCAGUCAGAUUAUUGCUGAGAUUCGAGAGACGCAUCUUUGGUGAAGGUUAUCUCUACCCGCCACACUGUUUAUAUGGGUGGAGAAUCCUGAUGACUUGAAAAUUUGCUAAGCAUUGUAUACUUGGUAGAAUUUUAUUUAUGAACUCUUAUCUGUGUACUGCAACUAUGUGUAAAUUUGCUCAUGUAAAGACAAUUGGUUUGGCUUACAGACUGAAAAGUAUGCUGUACUUUGCAAAACAAGUCACAUUUAAUCCACAUAAUAAAUGGCUCUAAAUGUUUCCUUACCAGUUAUCUGGUGCAAAUAAAACAGACCAAGUUUACUGUCCUGUGACAGUCUCAUUUAAACUUAGGCAGAACCAUUAAAGUUCCAGUGCCUAGCUUGCUAAAGAGAUUGCCUGUGGGGUAGAUGGACAGUGUAGUCUUGUUGCAUAGUUUUAAGCUGCUUUUAUAAUAGAGGUUUAAAUACCAUGAAGAUGAGAAAGCACCAGGUAUUCUUUCAUGAGUAUACUGCAUGCACCAUGGCAAAUGGAGAUCUGAAUUUGAUACCUGGCACAGUAAAAAUGUCUUCUAUAUAAGUAUGUGUGCACCCAUUUUAUUUCAGAAUUUUAAAAGAAAGCAGCAUUAUAAAACAAAUUUUUGAACUGGAUAAAUGAAUUUCACUUUAGGUGAGUUAGCCUGGAACUUUAAAAAACAAACAGGAGGAGGUACUAAAGAAUUGAUGCAAACCAAUGAAUGUGCAGCAGAGUUUGCAUUUCAUUGUUGGGGAUGAUAAUUAAGUGCAAGAACCCCUUUCCCCCUCUGGGACCAAACCUCUGGACCAUCCACUAGCAAAAUUGUUCUCAUAGAAUUUAAAAAUAAAAUGAAUUUCAAAACUGUUGUGGGAUAGUAAUGUUAUCUUUUAAAAUUAUGUUGGACAGAAAGGAGGUGGGAUUUUUUUUAGUUCUUUUCAAAUAAUUUUGUAAAGUAUGAAGGCUAAGAGUAUCUGUGGAAGAGACAGCAUGACUAGAAUGUUUAUACCAGAGUCUACUUUAAAUACUGCUGUCCUGGGAAACAAAUUUUACUGUGCUGUGAGGAAUUUUUCUAAGACAACCCAGUUUGUUGUAAGAUAAAUGUGAGGUUGAGCAUGAAGUUGAUGGUUUUCUUCUUGCCAUAGAUAGCACGAUACGUGCUGAUCACAUGAGCUUCUUAAAAGUUAAAAUCUUAUUAUACAUUAUAGCUUCCUACAAUUUGAAUUUAAACUCCAGCACACUUGCAUGUAUUUUUUCACACAGAUUUAUUUAUUUGAUAACGUAGAAAUGUUCAUGAUGCUGUUCCUGAUGUUGUUUCUCUCACAUGCACAUUUAUUUGUAGAAGAAUUAAAUAGACAUCACUGUCCACAUUUUUAUGGCUCUUCUCUGUGCAGCAGGCCUGGGUUUCUUCUCCGACCCACACAGUUCCUUCACUAUUUCAUCACUUAACAGAAACUGAAUUCCUGUUUAAGCUGCUAAAACUAUAAAUGUACAAACCAGAUCAUUUGCAAACAUUUAAGGGACUAGUUUAAAAUAAUGGCUAAGUAUCAGUUUUCAUUUAUCACUGAUACACUGAGUUAAGAUCAACAGAUGAAAACAACAUUAUUUGGCUUAAGAAUCCUGUCUCUCUCAUAUGCCACAUUAAAUUCCACAUAUGUAAGCAGUCUAGAACUUUACAUGUUAAAUAUCCUAUUUAAUCAACAUAAAGAAACCAAUUUAUCAUUCUUAAUUACCAGGGAAAAAUGCUUCCUGUGGUUCUGGAAACAUGAGGCCAAAAGAGAGAGGGUUUCAAACUGUUAGUUUUCAUACUAAUUUAACCAACAAUUAUUUUAAAUGCCUUUUAAUUGGAAUCCACUUUUAAUACAGUUCAACUCUCUGCAACUGGGCUUCUUUCUUGCCCAUGUCUCCCCAUCCACCCAUGUAUAUACCCUCUUGGUUUAGAAAUGCUACUUUUCAACAUGUUAGUGGCUGACAGAGAUUAAUCAAUGAUUAAUUGGAAAAUAUAAUUUAGUCUCCUUGUCAGGAAAUACACCAAUCAUGUGAACUUUCAGAAGGCUGCACAAAGCAAAUGAGUGCAGUUUACUCAAGAAAUUCUCACAAGUGAAAAGUAAAUUUCACAAGAAAUGAUACAAUUUAUUAAGUGUUAAUUAGCAUUGGUGACCUGAAUUCUUUUUGGAAAUGCUGUGAUAAUAUUUUGGUAUCACACUAACUUGUAAAUAAGCUAAGGAUAUAUAAUGAUUUGAAAGAAAUGAACUUGGUCUGCCUUUAUCACUUAAUAUUU